AUGGCCAAAAGGUCCAUAUCCAUUGCCUGUUGGGUCAUCGUCUUCACUCCUCAGCUGAUCGCCAACUGGAGGUCCGGUUCUGCCGAGGCUCUGUCAAUCCAAUUCGUCAUUGUAUGGCUCAUCGGAGAUGUCUUCAACAUCGCCGGCGCAGUUCUUCAGGGUGUUUUGCCCACCAUGAUUAUCCUGGCCGUGUACUAUACCCUGGCUGAUAUCGUUCUCCUGGCUCAAUGCUUUUACUAUCGCGGAUUUACUUUGCGAGACGAACCCACCUCGCCCAUCGUCAAGCCUUGCUCCCAAACCAACGGGAACGCCAACGCCAACGCCAACGCCAGCGCCAACGCCAACGAACAAACAUCCUUGCUGGGCCAUGCUGACCACGCCGAGCGUCGUGGAUCCGACUGGACCGGUCUGUCGCCGGUUGUGCCUCAUAUUUCCAACAUCGAGCAGCCGUCACCACCACCCAGCAAGCUGCAGACUGUGGUCUGGAAUGCUGCCAUAGUCUUCAUGGUCUGCGUCGCUGGAGCUGUAGGCUGGUUCCUGGCCGAACAGGCCACUCGCGGCGAGAAGGAACCCCUGGCCGGCGGACAGGACGCCCUUGCAUUCAGUCCUUGGGGCCAGUUCUUUGGCUACCUGUGUGCUCUCUUUUACAUAGCCUCUCGAGUCCCCCAGCUCAUUCUCAACUACCGUCGAAAGACGACCGAAGGGCUGAGCAUGCUCUUCUUCAUCUUUGCUUGUCUUGGAAACGUCACAUACGUCCUUUCCAUCUUCGCAUUUGAGCCGCAAUGCAAGCAUCACGAAUGCAAGCCUGGCGAAGCUGGCCGCAUAUACGGAAAAUACAUGCUUGUCAACCUAAGCUGGUUAGCUGGCGCCGCCGUUACCCUCGCAAUGGAUCUUGUUGUCUUUUGCCAAUACUUUUACUACAACCAGAGCGAAAAAGACCGGCAUGUGGAACACAUUCAUGGCGCGUGUUUUCCCCACGGACAGGAGCCCCAAGACAGAGACGAUCCUCCCUAUGAUGAGAGACCUAUCCUGCCACGAGUUCGUUCCGAGAAUGUCUGA